AGAUAAAGGAAAAGAAGAAAUAACAUUCAAGAGAAAUUGUAAAGAUUAGUUCAAGUGGCAAUAUUGCCCAGAUAUUUAGCAAAACACAGAUAAGCCUUCAACGAGAUGAAAUUCAAUUUUAAAUUGAACUGAUUUGAUUACACUACCGUCAUAAAUUUCUCAUGCAUGCAUAAUUCAAUCUGUCUACACUCCCCAAGCCAGUGAAUCUAUUCACGUAAGCUUUCUGAAAGCUACGCUUAUACCUGUUGGAUUACAGCAAGACCUCUUGCUUCCUGGAGAGCUUUUUCAACGCUUUUUGCCCAUUUCAAAGCGUUCGGAAACUCGAAUCUGUUUAUUAAGGGUUUUGUGCUUCAAGCGUUUAAAUAGAAGAAUUAAUCUUUUAUUGAGCCGUUCGCCAGAUAUUCAACACGGAAACGCGAGGGAAAUAACCCAAAGAGAUGACGUUGGAGAAAAUCGAAUCAAGCCCGCAGAUUGGCUGAUGUCAAGAGAAAAUAGUGCCUUAAAAUCUCAUUGGUUUUUGCUUUAAGUGCCUGUCAGUUGUAAAAAGGCAGUUGUGCUUUCCAGGGGAAAGAUAUUACUGGCGAUAAUACGGACCUGAGGGAAGCUAUCCGAUUCUCAAUUGUUCUGAUAGUCGACGCCAGGUGGACGGCUAAAUAAACAUCGCGGUUGGUGAGCGUUUGCGCUUAAAAACCGCGAUUUUAAAACCCCACCUUCAUUACAAAAUCAUCGUUGUUGCUGUUGGUACGUGGUAAGGCUAUGAAAUAUUAAGAGGCUCUUAUUUUCAGUCAAUUUAGUUGGUCUGAGGGAAGCCAAAAGCGAGAAAAGUCACGGCACUUCACGAGGGUAACUUUUGCUUAGCUCUAGCUGGCAGUUAUGGAUAAAAUGUCUACAGCUAAUCAAAACACAUCGCACAUAGACAAGGCAAACGGCAGUUUAAAUGCGACGUCGAGCAGUACCACUACAUCUAUCUUUGCGGAGCUAUUUCCCAUGUUCGGUGUUUUGAUCUGCGUUGUAGGCGCGCUCGGAAACCUUUCCGUCCUCUUCGCCUUCUUCACGCACCGUCGACUGAGAACAAAGCUCAACUGCUUCCUGGUCAGCCUGGCGUUCUCAGAUCUCUUGCUGACCGGAAUAACUACGCCUCUGGAACUGGAGUCUAAAAUUCGAUCGGGAUUCACCCACGGCAUCGUCGUUUGCGAACUCAUGUACACCAUUCACUUUGUCGCGUUGUCCUCCUCUUCGUUCAACUUGCUCGGGGUCAGCGUCUACCGCUAUCUCACUAUCGCCUUCCCGUUUUCCAUGAAGCUCGUGGAGCCAGUUCGAGUCCUGACGGCAAUAGCAGCGCUGUGGGUAUAUUCAGUGAUCAGCGCGUUACUGCCAUUGAUGGGCUGGCGAAGCUUUCCCACUAAAGUCACAUACAAACUCUGCUUGUUUUCCUUGGAACCAGAAUACGCUCUCUUCAUCCUUAGUGUCAACUGGCUCUGCCCGGCUGUUCUAGUUCUCGUCCUUUAUGGGUUGAUCUUCCGCAUCGCCAGAAUUCAUGCGAUCAAGAUAGCUAAACAGCAAGUGCUGGAGGAGCGUGAAAGAAUUCGCAGUCCCCUUUUUAAGGGAGCAAAAACUUUAGGAAAGAUAGCGGCCGUGUAUCUCAUAUGCUGGUUUCCUUACGUUAUCGAGGCCAUCCUCACAAUAUCACGCGCCCCGGUCGUCGUUCCCAGGGAAGUACACUACUUUUUUGUUUUGCUCUACUACGCAAGCUCGGCCAUUAAUCCGUUUCUUUAUGCCGGACUUUGCACGGAUUUCCGAGAGGUUUACAGUAAAUGCGCAAGCAAAGGUUGUAGCAAACUUUCCGUGCUAUUCCAACGCCUUGCUUCUUUGCCUCGUCGUGUUGUGUCAUCGCUGUUCUCAGACGUUAGUGAAGGAAAUUCUCAUCGCAACACAGGUCGACGUAGGCGAGGUCGCACGAGGACACGGUCUGGAAGUUCGUCUUUUCAGCAACCAACUGUUGCUACUCUCGUUUAAUUUACUGCUAAGUCUUGCAAGUAAAGGACUAACAGUCGAGCUUGAGGCAUAAGAAUCCCAUGAGCUGGCCAGGCUAGUCUAUGGCUAUGAACAUCCUACCUCUGGCACAUCUCAUUAGAGAUAUUGUUACCGAAAAAGGGAGAAGUUAGACGACAACUUUAAGUUCAGACUGCGACGCCGCCGUUGACUUCGUAACCAGUAGAGAUUCUAAUGCGUAGUCAGUUAUAACUGGACUUGAAGACAAACAAUACGUAACUUGUAGCUCGACUUCUAGGGUUUUGAUAUGAGAACUUUCUACAAUUGUAGAAUGCUUUGAUUGCACAAACGUUUAAUUAACGAGCUUACGAUUCCACUGAAUUUUCAAUGACGAUUGAGCAUGCAUACAUAUUCAGGUUGAAGCUUGAUUUACGAGCAAAAAUGUUCGCGUCAGCGUUAGAACGCGUGUGGAGAGACGCGAAAUUUACAUAUAGCAGAUGAAGGGAAAGCAAGUGUCAAUAAGUCUCGUUUGUAUAUGUUGUAGUUAGAAAGUAACGGCAACAUGCAAACAUGCAAUAAAAACUAGUUGGUCAAAGAAGUUUUGUAGAUAACGAAAAACGUAACAUAAAGCUUUUCUAAACGUUUUCCUGUUAUGGCGCAAUCUUGAGAAAAUUUUAAAAACAUAUUUAUCAUCAACUGUAUUCAUGUCAGGAUAAUUGGAGCCAUCUAUUUACACCCACCUUCUGCCAUAUGGCACGCAAACUUUAUCCUUGCCUGACUUUUUCGUGGAAGCGUGUAGGUGUAAUAUUCAAUUAACGUAAAGACACGAGUUUUGCCGAAUCAGUUUACAUAUUCAACUGUCAUGCGUGAAAUAAAUAGAUUAUCUCAGUUGUAGGUAGAUCUGAUCUGGACAAGAUACUUUCAAAGAUAUUAUACAUGCUGAAUCAAUAAACAACAUAACAAGUUAAGAAAGUUAGGUCGUUGGCGUUCAGCUUCUCCGAAUUUCGAGAUUUUAAUUUACUGCGAGGUGAACAAAAAGUAAAUAGAAUUUGCUGCAAUUAGGACUUUUAUCUUCUUUCGUGAGCGUGCGAGUGUACUAUGGCAAGGAGGUUUCAUCCUCGACCUUUGAACACUUGUUUUUCACGUGCAAUCGCUAACAAAACAACAAAAACAGGAACACGAGUGAAAAAAAAAAAAAAAUCGGAAAUAGUAAAUCAAUGGGGAAUUCAGCUUGUCUAAAGCACAUCGUUGCCGGCUAAUUGUCACAACGAUGAGUUUCGUGGAGUUUUACUGCUUGUAAGUUGAAACGUUUAAUUUCUUCUCCCACGUUCACGAUCUACAAAAGGCGAAAUUAAAAAAUAAAUAAAUAAAAAUGAAAAUUUUAAUUGCAAAUGAAAGCCAUUGCACUCUUUUUGUUUUACUUUAUUUCGUUUGCUCUUGGUCAGGUGAGAAAACAGCAACCAGCGCAAAAGCACAUAACUUUAUUUAUUCAAGCAGGUUUCCACUAAAGAGCUCCCCCAAAGAAUAAUUGAACCGAAUGAAAAACAAAAUUAAAACUCGUCACUUGGUGACAGAGAUUUAUCUCACAAAAUCAAGCCGUUCAUUUAGUCUUUGAUAAAUAAUUUUCUGACGGAAAGGGAAACAAGGGUAUCGCUGUCUGGCGAAUAACAUUCUUAAUGAAAAUUUGAGUGUUUCAUUUAACCACAGUGGGGAACAUAAGCUAGUUUUCCUCCUGGUUUCCGCUUUAGCGAGGGAGAUAAAAUGCUUUUAUCAGAACUGAAAGCUUUGAGAGGUUAACGUAUUUGCUCGGCUAAAAUAGCUAAGGAACAAAUUCAUUUAAAAAAGUAGUUUAUGUUUGAACAGAGGGAGCUACAAAGUGACAGGAGGAAACAAUAAGUGAAACCUACUUGAAAACAUGACUCGGUAAACAUUCGCUGGGUGUCUUAGCUAGCAGACAACACGAAACCGACAUAUGAUAUGCCCACCGCUCCAUGAUGACUUAAACUGUUGAGAUAGCCAUCUCUGAAAUGACAGCUAAAACACGAAAUGAAAUAAGAGAAAUGCAAAAAACAGACUCAAUCGUACGAUAAGCUUACGAUAACAUACGAUGCCCACUCAAACACAAAUGGUUCGGGGUCGACGAAAUUAAGUGGAAAUAAUUUUAUAAAUCGGUAACUUUAAUUUGUUUGUAUUAAUUAAAGAGUUUGUAACUUAGUGACAAAAUUUUACCGCUACCUUUCGACAUGAAGAAUAUAACGUGUCUUUCCUGCUAACUAAAAAACUGAGCUCUUGUUUAAUCCUGCGUGGAGCACUUCGACAGGUUUUAGCCAUUUACUCGUUUUCUCUUCCUGUUUGCCUGAAGUACCUGUGUUUACAAUUCCCUUUCAAUUUUGGACCCUCGUUUUGUGACUACCACCCUAGAUCUUACGCUAAGCAUUCUAGAAAGUACUUCACAACGAGAUGUAUUUUAAAACUGAGAAAACACAUUAACAGAUCACUUCUUUCUAAGCACGAUGAAAGCUGAGGACGUUUGAACCACUCGAUCAUUGCUUUGACAAAGUAAACUCUCCACCUCUUCCACCCACCGAGAAAACAACAUCAAAAAUUGUUUCAUGCACUGUCUGGAUUAAUGAAAUGAAUUUCCUUGUUUGAUAGAAUAUGUAUGCGUCUGCAACUAAUCCGUUUAUAGCAAGCCUUGAAUUUAUUCAUAGCUUAUGGUGAGCUUGCCGGGAAAAAUGUAAACUCAGUGACAGGGCCACCCACGCUUGAAACAACUGAGAAACAAACACCUGAAACAAUCACAUGGAAUCUGCAAUUAACCUUGACACUUUGUCGAAAUGACUAGUCUAACCCUGCCUCCAGACGUCCACUAUUUUGUUUCAUGUCACUUUUUCCGCGUGAAAGAAAACAAUAAGCAAAACUGACAUUAGAAACAAGAAAGUGGAUUUGACACCGUAAAAACAGCAGAGGUAGAGAUUCACACGCUUUGACAAGUUUUGAGAGGCGAACUGAUUGAAAUUCGUAGUCAAACGAUGAAGCAUUCAAAAGGCCUUCCAUAUUUCCCGAUUUUCGCGCUGAAUAGACUUCGCGCUGAGCUCAAAUCAUGAAAGUCGUCCUUGUCGGAAAAAGGUCCGUAGCGUUCCAGAGUGUUCCGACGACGCCCAAAAGUAAAGCUCGCUCUGCAAAAUAAUGGAAUUUUAUAGUUUAUAGUGUAGUGCGCUGUUUUGUGAGCAUUCAUGCUCAGUUAAUAAUGGUUUAUGAAACUUUAUGCUCAGUGCAUCUUCAUAGCCAUAAUUCGGCCUAAAAAAAUUAGAAGCCACAGACCUUCAAAGCUCCUUUAGCCAGGUUCUCUAAGGCCCCAGCCACACUAAUGCACUUUCAAAAGUUUCCGUUUUCAUCUAGAAGAAAACGAGGCAAAAUGUUUUUAGCCACACUAGCGUCUUUUUUCCUCUGUCCACAAUAAAAUGAUCGAAAACGAUAAUCACAAUUGAGACCUGGGAUUGCGCAUGUGAGAACACUCUCGUUCCCAGAGCUUUGAAGUUAUCAUACUAGGUAUGCGUUUUUCUUAAUUCGAAGGCUCUUUUGUCGUUCGGAUCGCCGUGUUCUUCGGUUUCGCAUGAUUCUUGCACUUGGAAAUAAGAUCGACUUUUUCACGAUCCCAAUCCCUUG